AUGUUUUCCGAAUGGGCCAAAUAUGGUCAGAGUGGUUCCAGUUCCAGCUUCCAGUGUAGUUUACUGCGGAUCUCCGUCGGGCUGCAGCGGUUCGCCGAGCAGCCGAAGUACACCGAGGUGAACCCGGGCCAGGAUGCGCUGCUGGUGUGCAAGGUAAUAGACAAGCGGGGCGUCUGCUCGUGGCAGAAGGACAACAAACCGGUCGGCAUCUACCCGAAAAAGUAUGAAUGGGCCAGCCAGUACGGCAUCGGGCAGACCGCGCACGUCGGCGGCGACUGCUCGCUGUGGGUCAGGGCCGCCCAGCUGGAGUUCGACGACGGGCUCUGGGAGUGCCAGGUGACGGCCAGCGACUUCACGACGCAGGACGCACUGACCAGCCAGCCGGUGCGGUUAGUUGUGAGAGUGCCACCGCAGCGACCUAGAUUAGAGCACGAAGGCGUCCACGUUCCUCCCGGCCACAACGUGACAGUAGAUUCCGGGGCCGUGGCCACGGUGAAGUGUGUCUCACACUACGGAAAUCCACCGGCGCUGCUGAAGUGGUUCCUCGGUGACCAAGAAAUUUCUCCGAUUCAUCCACAAACAAACUCGACGGAACCAGACAAUCCGCGAACAUGGUCGGCCGCUUCCGUUGUGCAGAUUCCGGCCAACAAAGAUCGCCACGGUGCCAUGCUCAAGUGCCUGGCGUUGCACGAAUCUUACGCCGCGCGCUCCGUGGCGGUUGAGGGACGUUUAGAUGUAAAAUAUGCUCCGACGGUAAGACUGCUGGGGGCGCCACAGAUCGACCUGGAGGAGGGCAAAGACUCCCUGAUCCUACGAUGCGUUGCGGACGCCAACCCUCCGGCCAGCAUCGUAUGGCGACGGGCCGGCCGGUCCGAGAUUGCCAGCCUGCAGGAGUCUCUCCAGCUGCGUCCGGUCGGGCGACGCGAUGCCGGGCUCUACACGUGCCAGGCCCAGAACUCGGUCGGCACCUCCGACACGAUGUCCGUGCAACUGGACGUAAAAUAUGCUCCGAAAAUACUGUCCGCUGGGCCGGACCGGCUCACAACAGCGCCGCUGUUUAGCCCCGCUGCGUUCGAGUGUGUGGCCGAGGGAAAUCCGGCACCGACUUACAAGUGGGUGCAGAGAAUCUCCUCGCAAGGGAAGCCCUUUCUGGACCGAGGGCGCGAGUCGCGGCUGGUGAUAGACAACGUCACGUACGACUACCAGGGCGAGUACGAGUGUCGGGCGACCAACUUCAUCAACGGCCAGGAACGGACGGCCACGUCCGAUCCGAUCGCGCUCCAGGUCGUCGGUGCCCCGCAGGUCCUGCGGACCACCUCGGCAUCGGGCGGAGCCAUCGGUCACUCGGUGUCGGUCAAGAAGGGUGACUCGGCCACCCUGUCGCUGAUCGUGUGUGCCGAUCCGCGGCCACGCCACGUCGCCUGGGAGUGGGGUUCGCUGCGACUGGAAGCUGGCUCUGGGAUAGGGCGCUAUCGAGUGGACGACGUGACGCAGGAUAGCCGCGAAGAUUGCUAUCUGGCGACGCUGCACAUCGAAGCGGCGGACCUGCAGGAUCAGCGCCCGUACUAUCUGGUGGUCGAAAACGAGCGGGGCACCGAUCGGCACGCCAUCAAUCUUCGCGUCGAAGGAAUGUUCUCAGUGGAACCGCUGGAACUGAGCUAUCUGCUCGGCAUUGCCGGCGGGUGCCUGGCGGCCUUCCUCAUACUCAUCUGUCUCUGCAUCUACGUGGUCCGGGCGAGGAAGUGCUGCUUCAGAAAUCGCAACAACUACAAGACAUCGGAAAAGGAUAGCGAAAAAGCCGACCUGAAGUCACGCUCGGACAGCUUGAGCGGGCCGCCGCUGGACUCGAUCUACACGACACCGACCGGGUUCCAUCACCACCAGCACCACCCGCACCAUCCGCACCACGCCGCGCACCAUCACGCGCAGCAACCGAACGGGACGCCCGGUUCGCCGGAAGCAAUGAAGGUACGCAUGGCUGCGAUGAUAUUGCAGCCACCGACAAGGGUUUAG